AUGGUUUGUGCAGACGACGACAGCAGGCCAUCACCGGCCGCUGAUUGGCCGGCCCGCCCGCGAGCUGCCGGGGCUGGAGGGGAGGGGGGGCGCGCGAGCUCUAUAUGUACGGCUCUCGCGCGGAGCGGAGCAGAGACGUCGACGUUACGCACCGCCUCGAGGACCCAGCCGGACUCCAUCGCAUUGCCCCAGUGGACGCGUCCCGAGCAGAAUGCAGUCCGUGAGCAGCAGCUGGUCGGCCUGUUGCUCGUCUUCGGCAGCCUGCAGGUCGUCCGGGUGACGGAGGGUUGCUCGUGCGCCCUGUCGCAUCCGCAGGACGCCUUCUGCAACUCCGACGUCGUGAUUCGAGCGAAAGUCGUGGGCAAGAAGCCUCUGAGAGAUGGACCUUUUGGAACGAUGCGCUACACAGUCAAGCAGAUGAAGAUGUACAAAGGAUUCGAAAAGGUCCAGCACGUGCAGCACAUCUACACGGACGCCUCAGAGAGUCUGUGCGGCGUGAAGUUUGAUAUCAACAAGUACCAGUACCUGAUCACAGGUCGCGUGUACGACGGCAAGGUCUACACGGGGCUGUGCAACUUCAACGAGCGAUGGGAGCGCCUCUCCUUGGCCCAGAAGAAGGGUUUCAACCAUCGCUACCAGCUGGGCUGCAAAUGCAGAAUCAAGUCCUGCCAUUACCUGCCCUGCUUCGUUACCUCAAAGAACGAGUGCCUAUGGACGGACAUGCUGUCCCACUUCGGCUACCCGGGCUACCAGUCCCGGCACUACGCCUGCAUCCAGCAGAAGGAGGGCUACUGCAGCUGGUACCGGGGCAUGGCUUCACGCGACAAAACAACCAUCAACGCCACCGACCCCUGAACUUUGACGGACCCGCCCUUCUCCCUCCCCCGCCUCCCUGAUCCUGUCCCCACCCGUUCCUGCCUACACAAUUGCAGGACUCUCUCAGCUCACCUGCGUUGGUGACGGCCUCUUUUAAAGUGGCAACAAAAGAGAAAAGACCCCGUCCAUUACAGUGCCUCCUCCGUAGCACUGAUAGAAAACGUUUUUCCAAAGCGUGAAUCAAAGUCAUCGCAAACAAACGGUCUCUUCAGUGCUGUUAAACGCGGGAUGAAGACAGCCAGUCAUAAGACCAAUAACCAGUUUAAGACCGCGAUCAAACCUCCAUUGGAACUUAAGAGUUGAUUAACUAAUUCCCAAGGAUCUAUUUUUUUAAUAAGCCCCGUUUUAUUAGCAACCUGCAGUUAGCCUACCGCUAACCCAGUAUUAUUGUCAUUUUGUGCAUUGAGGCAGUUCAUCCUUUAAAUGGACCCUCAGAACUAAAGUUCACAAUCAAUCAGAUUCAUUUCAAUCAGUGAAAGCUGUAUGAACUUAAUGAUCAUUAUCGUCGUUACAAGCCAAUGAUCAUUAUGUAAAUGUAUAAAUGUAAAGUGAUUACAUUGUUGCUACUGAACUGUACUUGCUAGAAUUAGACUCCACAUCAACAAUGCAGAUUGAGUGCAAAUGUAAGGUAAGAUCUCUGAAUACUACACAAUUUAUUUUAUGUUUUUUUUUAAAGAAAAAAAACACUUCUUACAGAGAUGGUGAUAUUUUAUUUUUUGCUGUAUAUAACAUAAGCUACAGACAUGGACUAUCAAUUCAACUGAAACCUCUUUAAUGAAUUUAUUUAUAUGAUUAUUGGAGUACACGUGGUAUUAUCUGCAUAGACAAUAAAAAAUAGACUCAAAACUACUUUUGAAACAACCAUCGCAGCCUGUGCAAGCGUCCAGAAUGAAGGACCAGCGUAUCCAGUAGUCUAGUACACAUGGUACUUUUCUUUGUUGGCUUAUCCUAGUCCCCCUCACUGGUACUCUUCACCAAUGAAAGUCAAGUGUAAGCAGAGGUUUCAGACAUAUUUUGUAAGAAUCUUUUUUAUUUAACUAUUUCAAAUGGACUAUAUAUAUAUAUAUAUAUAUAUAUAAAAUCAAUCAAAGUAACAAUGUCACCAAAUUCAUUCUCAGUCACCUGUUCCCAUCAAGGUCUUUUUUCAGUGCUUUACCUUCUGUCCAUUCCAUGAGCAGACUCAGAUUUAUGACGUCAGUAACACGUAGAUUAUCUUACAGCGUUAGAGCCCAGUAGCUUUGACCAGGUUGUCGUUUUCAAAAGAGCAGUUUGACAUUGACUUCAUAUUGGCCAAGAUUUUGCGUCUUUUUUUGAGUCUGAAUGGUCUUCAACCUGUCAACCUCCUCUUGAUAACGAAUCUUCGGCCUGAGUUGAGUCUGUACCGCGCCGUUUUUAACUGGCUACAAUUAGUUACCAACAAAUCCACGCCAGUAGAGCUUUAUUUCCAUACAAAACAUGUCCUUUCUGUCUUUAUACGUGUUGACGAGACCUCUCCUCCAGCUGGGGCGGUUCUGUGUCACUAUUUCUGUGGUUCAUGUUUGUGUAAAUAUACUGUCUGCUUAACACAGAAACCCUUGGUCAAGUUCGAUCCUUACAAAAAAAAUUCCAAUCAAGCAAGCUGUGUACAGAUCCCCGAGGUGUGUGUGCACGUAGAGAGGGGGGCGGUGGAAGGGUCCUUGUAGAGGUCAUAGAAAUGGUCGACUUAAUUUCUGUGUUUUAUAUUUUUAUAAUAAAGAUUUAAUGAAAAACGGA